AUGACCAUAGCAACCUCGGGGGCGCUUACUUACCGUAGAACUGCGACUGCCGAGAUAUAUGUUUAUCCUAUAUGGACAGUAUGGUUAGGCUGGACAAUGGCCAGUUGCGUAGCGCUUUUGGUUCCUGGCAUAGCCGCUUACAGAAUUUUCAACACGGAAGGAGCUUUUUUUGAGGUAAAAGUUAAAGAAGACAAUUGCAUCAGAGCCAUCGCUAUGAGGUACAGUCUGAUAGAGGCGCUAUUCGAGAAAACUGAGUCGAGCAUUUAUGCUAAUCGCGCUAGCGAAAGAUUCUGA